AUGGCGAUAAAACAGGCAGCAUGGACACACGGCCUCGGUGUAGAACUCGAAUUCUCAUCUUGGACCGCCUUCCGCCAGGGUUUCUUUACGACAGUCCGCCCCUCCGCCGAGAGCAAAUUUGGAUGGGUUCAUUUUGUGAUUCCCACACCAGUUAUUGUUGACGGUACGCGAUUGAGGGCCGAGUCUGCUAUGGUACGAUUCUCUACUGGCUCAGGUGCUAAGAUCACCAACUUCCACGUAUAUGGCGGCGAGACCAAGAUCGCAAAUUAUAAUGGACUCUCUCUGUCUGGAAAUCUGCAAUUCGUGAGGGAAGCGGUGCCCAAUAGCCAUCGGGUUUUGUGGGGGACAGCCAUCUCUUUGGGCGUGCAGUUCACUGGUGCCGGACCGAAUGACUUCAUCCAGUUCAUCUCUGCGGGCAUAGAUUUCUAUGCUCAGAGAAAUAUCUAUCUUAAGAUCCCAUGCAAACCAGAAGUCAACUAUUUCAUAACAGAAUUAGUCAGCUCAAGUGACAUCGUGGUGGAAGCAUGA